UUCACCGUGUACUCGGUGCAUACCGGAGUGUCUCUUAUUCCCUCUAUCUCUAUACAUUGCAUACAACGCACACCCAUACGUACUGUCAUUCGUCAUCAUUUUCUUCUCUCAUCCUAGUCCUCAUCCUCUUCAUCAAUGUCCUCCUCUUCCUCUCGCCUCUCGCACUCUCUUGGGAUAAACCGGUCAACCUGACCCUCGUCUUCGUGCAGUAUAUACGUGCCUGCUCGGGUCUUACGAUCUUGCCGAGAGAAGCCGAGGAUGAGGAUGUGUUUCUGUGUUAAAAAUAAAUUAAGAGAGUGGAUGAAUAAAUAUCAAGAGUUUUUUAGAUCAAAGAAACAACUAUGCUCGAGCAUUGAAUAGUGAUUUUUUUUUUUUUUAAAUUAUUUAUUUCGAUUGAAUCGGUUGAUAAAGUGGUAAUUCAAUGAAUUACACCAUAGUUAAGAGAACAGAUUGUGAAUCAAAGAGGUGACGAAUAAAGAAAAGAUUUCGAUCAAGUGUGCAGUUUAUAAAAAAAAAUGUGGAAUAUGAUGUGCGACGUGAUGCCGACUAUAGUAGAGGAUAGCAUUAGCCAGAGGAGCUCCCAGUUUUCUGGGGAUGAGCAGAACUUUGAGCACCUCAUGGUCUCAGUACUCGAUGAACGAGACAAACUUAUGGAGUCGUUCAGAGAGAGCCAAGAACGUCUCCAAGAAACUGAGGCCAGACUACAAGAGGUGGAAAAGGAAAGGGAUGCUCUGAAUCGCCAACUUGAUGCUAAUAUUCCACAGGAAUACUCGCAGCUGACGAAAGAGCUAGCAGCAGCGCGAGAGAGCAUACACGAGAAGGACGAGGAGAUCACGGAACUGAAAGCGGAGCGAAACAACACGAGGCUCCUCCUGGAACACCUGGAAUGCCUGGUCUCGAGGCACGAGCGCUCGCUGAGGAUGACCGUAGUGAAGCGCCAGGCGGCCGCCCAGUCAGGCGUCUCGUCCGAAGUCGAGGUACUCAAAGCCCUCAAGAGCCUAUUCGAGCACCACAAGGCCCUGGACGAGAAGGUACGUGAGAGAUUGCGCGUCGCUCUCGAGAAGAUUACGAGCUUGGAGGAAGAACUCGCCCAUACCAAAGAAGAGCUUCAGCAGUACAAAUCUGGUCACAAGUCCCUGGACGAUCGGCCAAAGGAAAAUGGUCAACCGGAGGACAUCCAACAGCAGCAGCAAAAGAGUCCGGCAGCCGAGCAGGUGGUGAAGCCGCAGCAGCCCAGUAAGGACGCCACCUUGCAACCACAGCCCAGGUGCAUCAGUCCGGAUAGGGGGUCCGAGCUAACGAGCAAUGGCCCCCUAGAUGAAACCUCGAGGCUGCGAGAACUCCAGGCUAACCUGGACAAGCAGAGCGCGGAGCUGAGCUCGUGGCAGCGUCGAGUCGCGGAGCUGAGCAACCGAGUGGCCGAGCUCGAGGAGACCCUGACCAAGAGCCAAAAGGAGUUCGUCAAGGCCCAGGACGCGAACGCCAAGCUGCAGCGCGACCUCCGCGAAAACCUCGCCCAAAAGGAGGACCAGGAGGAGAGGAUAGCCACCCUCGAGAAGCGCUACCUGAACGCCCAGCGCGAGUCCAUCAGCUUGCACGAUCUCAACGAGAAGCUCGAGCAGGAGCUACAGCACAAGGAGGCACAGCUCAAGCUGCAAGAGGAAAAAAUAGCGGCCGUGCAGGCGAAACUGGAGCACGCCGAGCAAGAGCUGGCACAAUUUUCGAAGCUACCCGAAAUGGAAGAGCAGCUCAAACAGAGGAUGGAGGCUCUGACGCAGGUGAGGAGGCCCAACCAGCAGGCCCAAGAGAGACACGGCAGCGCCGAGGACAGGAUCCAAAGGCUCGAGACGCAACUCGAGGAGAAGACCGGCGAAGUGUUGCGGCUCAACCAGCGGCUGAAAAUGAACGAGGAGCACAACGCCAAGCUUAGCACGACCGUCGACAAGCUUCUCUCGGAAUCCAACGAGAGGCUGCAGGUGCACCUGAAAGAGCGCAUGCACGCGCUGGAGGAGAAAAACGCGAUCCAGCACGAGCUGGACAAGUCGCGCAAAGUGUCGGAGGACCUGCAGAGCGAGAAGACCGAGAUAAUGAAGGAGUUGGGCAAGGCGCGGCUCGAGAUAGACAGCGUCAAGCGACAGAUGCUCCAACAGGAGAUAGCGUACAACAUACAGCAGACGGACGCCCUAACGCGAAGCUUGUCGCCCAACGCUGUGGAUCCGGGCACGUUUUCCCGCAGCGCCAGUCACAGCAGCUUCGACACGCACUCGCUGCCCAGGCGGGCCGCCAAGCGCAUGGAGGAAGAGUCCAAGCGGUAUACCAAAAGAUUUGGACUCUUGCCACCAGAGAAUAACUAUGCACUGAAGUGGCACUCGGGGGCGGCCAAGGCCGCGCAAAAGUGGGCCGAGGCAUGCUACGCGCUGACGCACGACAACGCGACGGGCCUGCACAUCGACGCCUUCGGCAGCUGCGGCCAAAACAUCUUCAUCUCGACGGCGCAGGAGGAAAAGCAAAGUACAGAGGCGCGAGCGGAAGAGCUGGAGUCAAGGGUGGGUAGUUUGGAACAUAUGAAUUUAAUAGCACGAGGCCGAAGUCUCGAGCGUGCUUCUCCUCCACUUAGUGGCAGAUCCACCCCAAAAUCACAUCACAGCCCCAACCGAGACUACUUGCACAAGUACCAUACUGCACCAGCGUCAAUGUCCCCAGCACAUCUUCAUCAAUACGCCGCGUCUUUGGCUAGUCCGGGCCAACUCUCCGAGUCACUUCCUGCGAGCCAGUUACAGCUGUCCGGUGAGGAGUUGCACUCGGUGUCGGAGAGGGACAGCACGGGCUUGGGCAGCGGGGGCAGCGAGGCGGCGUCACCUCUUACGUCGAGGUCCAUGAGGUUUAACGCCCACCAGGCACUGAAUAGCAGUCAGGAAGAGCUCCGAAGGCAUGGGCAUAACAACGGGGCACUCAAUUCUGGGACUCCGUCCCCAUUGUCCUCGCGCCACAGCAGCCAGGACAGCCUGCACAAGAACAACCUGGCGUGCGGCCUGCCCAUCGGCCAAUUCACCGGCUCCCACCAGUUCCACAUGCCUGCCAACCUCAGCCCCGCCACAGCAGCGGCUGUCGCGGCCGCCGCGCAGAAGAAGAAGGGCAUCAAGAGCAGCCUCGGGAGGUUCUUCAGCAAAAAGGAAAAGAUCAAGGGCAAGGACGUGUCGAUGCCCGGCGACGUUCCCGGCAUGGGUGGCGUGGGCACGCCGGAUCCCGAUUACGGGGAGAUCGCGGCUGGAUCGGUGGCCGGGGUUCUUUCCAACAAGGGCGACUUUGACCGCAGAAAAAAGAAGAGUAUGCUGGACACGUCGAGGCACGAGCUACUGACGGAGGCCAUGAAGGCCGGCACGCCGUUCGCCCUCUGGAACGGACCGACGAUCGUCGCUUGGCUCGAGCUGUGGGUGGGCAUGCCCGCCUGGUACGUCGCCGCGUGCCGGGCCAACGUUAAGAGCGGGGCCAUCAUGAGCGCCCUCAGCGACACCGAGAUUCAACGUGAAAUCGGCAUCAGUAAUCCACUGCACCGGCUUAAACUGAGACUGGCAAUCCAAGAGAUGGUCUCGUUGACAAGCCCGUCCGCGCCGAAGACGUCGAGGACGACCUUGGCCUUUGGGGACAUGAACCACGAGUGGAUAGGCAACGUUUGGCUGCCGAGUCUCGGUUUGCCGCAGUAUCGGUCUACCUUCAUGGAGUGCCUUGUAGACGCCAGGAUGUUGGACCAUCUCACCAAAAAGGACCUUCGCGGUCAGCUUCGAAUGGUGGAUAAUUUUCACAGGACGAGUUUGCAUUUCGGCGUUGCCUGUCUGAAGAGAUUGAAUUACGACAGGCAACAGUUGGAAGAUAGAAGAAGAAUGGCAGAGGGUGCGAAUGUCGAUGCGCUAGUCUGGAGCAACGAUCGCUGCAUCAGAUGGGUGCAAUCGAUCGGAUUGAAGGAGUACGCAAAUCAUCUCCUCGAAUCGGGAGUUCAUGGUGCCCUUAUUGCCCUCGACGAAACUUUCGACGCCAAUGCUUUUGCUCUGCAAUUGCAGAUACCAACGCAAAACAUUCAGGCGCGACAGAUUUUGCAAAUGGAAUUUUCAAAUUUAUUGACAACAGGGACCGAAAGGCGGCUUGACGACGCGAACAGCAUGAAAUCCUGAUCAAACUCGUCGAGGCUUCAAAACCUCGAACCCCACGUCUAGUCCAAAAAUCCCAGCUAUUACUACUAACUGUGCGCAAGUGUAUUCUCCAACCUUUGUAUAAGAGCUUUAUGUAUCACUUUUAAGGGCAUCUUCGCAAAUUGAAUGUGACACAUGGUCAUGUAAAAGGUAAAGCAAGCAAAAUACAAAUCAUACUUAUAAUACAAUGCAAUGAAAUAUUGAAGUGAUUUUUCAAACGCUUCAAACUCAUUAUAUGGCGAAUUUAUAAUGCCGCGUGUCAUAUUAUCCAUAGUAAAACACGUAGUUAAUCGUUAAUCACGCAAGGGGAAAAAAAGAGACAUUGAAAUAGAUAAAGAAAGAAUCAUGUAAGCUCGAAUAUAGAUAUCGGAAUAUAAUAGUUACGCUACGUAUAAAUUGAAUGCUGUGCCGUCGAAAACGGUGUAGCCGAAAAGAGAAAGAAAAUAUUUAAUGAAGAGGUGAAAAGUUGUAUCUCGUUUUGUCAAAAGCCAGUAGUACUUCAUAUUACAGGCUUUCGUGACAAUAAAAUUGUCUUUGAUGGCAUAUCCGCGCGUCUGAUAUAAAUACAUAUAUAUAUAUUAUUUAAAAAAGCGUCACAUUUUGUACGUGCAUUUUGUUACUAUAAACUUCUCCGCUGCUUAAGGUUAUCUUACUCUCAUACGUAAAAAUAAUAGUGUAUCCCUUUCGGCGCGUAAAAUCCGGGGAUUUCGUGCCACGCACAACAAAGUCGUAAUAGUAAUUAAACGAAUAGUCGUAUGACAGGAGAAAUGAAAAAGUUAAAGCGUUCAGUAUUAUCUGUUACUGAUUAGUGUCGAAGAAUAUCACCGUUAUUUCUCACAGUGACCGAAAACAAUACAGAGACAGUAUCCUAUACAUUAUAACUUCAGUGCCUCCGCACCAUGAAACGGAGAAACUCGUUGACACAACAAUUGUAAUACAUACGCAUACUUUUUUUUUUUAAUUUUACUUUGCUAUUCAAUUACUUGUUUAUAGUACCUUAGCGAACCACUCGUUCUGGACUAAAUUGAUGUUAUUUGCAACGUAUUUAUUUUAAAUAAUGUUGCAGUCAUCCCUCGUGACCAUCAAGAUUUAUGUUCCUAGAAAAUUCUAUGAACACUAGGACAUCUCGAUAGCAUGGUAAAAGAGUCGAACUACAUUUAUUCAUACGCUUAUCAAAUUAUUAGAUCAUGUCUAGAUAUUUUGGUGUUCUAGUGUAACUUUUUUUUUCUUCAUUUAUUUUCCUUUAUUCUAUACCAACGAAACUAUAAAAAGUUUUUGGAACUGAUACAUUGUCAACUUAAACUUUCGCAAGUAUCGUGAAUGUGCGAUUAACGAGGGACAUCUGUAUUUUGUUUUUAUCAGAUCAUAUAUUUACAUUUAUACAUAUUAUUUUUUUUUUUUUCACGUAUUUUAAAUUUUUUAAGCAUUUUUAUGAAGGAAAUUGAAUGGUGUGAAUUUUUUGUUUAUUGAUUUUUUUUUGUGUAACAUGCGAUUUAUUACACGUAUUGUUUACUACAUUAGUAGACAAACUGAACAUUUUGUAAAAUUUUGUUUUCCUUUUCUAAUUAAACUAUUGACAGAUACCUUGUAAUUAUUAAGGUGUUUUAAGGUUUUGUAAAUUUCAAAUAUAAGACUGGUACCUAACAGAAAAAUUCUUAAAAAUAUCUCUAGUUCUUUGAAAAAAAAGAGUUUCUAUGAAAAACUCAAUGUGUAUAAAAUAUGUGCUUUGUUAGAUUUUUUAGCAACGUCUUACAAGCUAUUUCCAUUCUUUUUGUUACAAAAUGUGUACAUUUUUCUGGCAAGGUAUCACUAAACCAAUUGAAUAAAUGCAAGCGAUAUAAAUUUUUGACUGCGUAAUCAGGACAAACGGUAGUAAUAAAAAAUUUCUUGAUUAUUAUCAAUUAAUAAAAAUAAAGUCAUUUUAUACCAAAAUAAUAAUUGCUGCAUAACAAUAGUCAUAACAAUACGAGUUGAUGCGUAUAAACGUAAUUGCUCAUAAAAAUAGAAUUAACUGAUCAUGUGCAGUGGCAUGUGGACCUUAAUUCUUUAAUUUGAAUUGAUGUCUAAAAAGAAAAAAAAAAUUGCAUAAAUUAACAAUCAAUUUAAAAACAUUGAAAAUUUUAUUUUCAUUGCAAGAGAAACAAUUAAGUAAUACUAAGUCAACUGACUUUUAUUGUAUCUAUUGUACGAAAAGUAUCAUUUAAAAAAUGUGAUUUACUUGAGUCUUCAACAUAAGGUGAAGUAUUGCGUGAAGCACACUUGUCGAGAUUUUUUUUUUUAAACGAAAAAAAUUCUUCUAUGUAAAUCAUGUCUCAUAAAUUUUUUAUUUAUAAAAAUUACAGUAUUAUUGAAAAGAAAUUUCUGUUGUUUUCUGUUACAACCAGUCAAAAAUGUUUAGACAACCUAAUACUUAAAUCUUACCAUUAGUUUAACGUAUGCAUCUUAAGAUAACAGUAAAUAAUUUUGUUGCGUUUAUAAAAGUAAUAGCGUGGCGGUAUUUCG